UACAAGACCCCGAUCCGACCGACGGGUAAACAACGGGCGAGAAGAGAAGUGAGAAACGCGAAUCGAUAUGCUGCCUCCUCCGCUCUCUCUUCGCCGCUUCUGCUGCUGUUGUAGCGCUCUUGAGGCCGCCGCCGCCGCCGCCGCCACCGUCACCACCACCAAGAGGAACCUCGUCUUCCUGGGCUCCCCACAGGUGUCUGCUUCCGUUCUUGAUGCGUUACUCGACUCGUCUCAAGCUCCCAAUUCGAUCUUUCAGCUCGCAGCAAUUGUCACCCAACCACCGUCUGGAAGGGGUAGAGGGAGGAAGUUGAUGCCGUCCCCUGUCGCGCAACAUGCCAUAGACAGAGGAUUCCCUCAAGACCGCAUACUCACACCUGAACGAGCUGGGGAGGAGACUUUCUUGUCUGAUUUAAGGGCUCUAAAUCCUGAACUUUGUGUUACUGCAGCAUACGGAAAUAUAUUACCUAACAAAUUUCUGGAGAUUCCACCAUGUGGUACUGUUAAUAUACACCCAAGUCUGCUGCCCCUUUAUCGUGGUGCUGCUCCUGUUCAAAGAGCAUUGCAGGAUGGUAUCGCUGAAACAGGAGUAUCACUUGCAUAUACUGUUCGAGAAUUGGACUCUGGACCAGUCAUUGCUUAUGAAAGAGUGGUGGUUGAUGACAUUAUUAAGGCACCAGAGUUGCUUGCAACGUUAUUUAACAUAGGUUCAACAAUUCUUCUUCGCAAACUUCCAUCUAUAUUUGAUGGAACUGCAAGAUUGAAAGCACAACCACAAGAUCACACUAAAGCUACUAUGGCUCCAAAGUUAAGCAAUGAUGAAUCAUGGCUAUCAUUUGACCAAGAAGCUAAAGUGAUACAUAACAAGGUACGGGCAUUUGCAGGGUGGCCAGGAACUCGGGCCAAAUUUCAAGUCAUUGACAUGAAUGGUCAUCCCAAUGUUCUUGAGAUAAAAAUCAUCACCACAAGGGUUUCUGAUGCUUCUGGCUCAAAGGAAAGCAGAGAUGAGAUAACUUUUGUUGGAAGUGCAUUGUUGGUUCCAUGUGCCGGACAUUCUUGGCUUGAGAUACUGGAGCUCCAGCCUCCAGGAAAGAAGGCAAUGAGCGCUUGUGAUUUUUGGAAUGGCUUGCGGGGUCAGAAGCUGAAGCUACUGUAGGAGGUAUUAACCGAGGGAGAAGGAAGAAGAGGGAGAAGGAGAAGAAAAGGGAAAAUAUGGAGAUUCGACGUCGCUCUCCCUCAACGAUAUCGAUCCGUCGUCGUCCUCUAUCGCCAGGCGUCGUAGAUGAGAUGUUGCCUUCUCCUUGUUUGAGGCAACGACUUUUCCUCAUCCGUGUGGAGAGAAGCCUCGACGACUUUGCGGGAAGAAGAAAUGAGGCGACGUUGCGGGAAGCCUCGACGACUUUUCCUCAUCUUGUUUUGGAUCAAGCAUAACUUGGGCCCCUUCAUGUGCUAAGUAAGAAUAUGGAACUGAUUGAAGUUUGUUAUAAUGAUUUGUGGACUCCCUACCAUCAUUCUUACAGAAAGAGAAGACGGGCAAUAUGGUUGUUCUCUUGGGAUGAGAAGCCACACUUAUCUUGGCACCUUCAACACCUGCCCACAGUUCAUGCAAUCAAUUCUCUGCUCCAUGAGGCCAAACCCCUGGAGAACUUGAGAUUGGAGGCAAAUUCUUCAUGUGGGUGUUUUUACCAUGAUUAGUUCCACAUUUGGUGUCUGCUAUGUUCUCGUUUUUUGCUUUCUGCAAAAAGGAAAACUACAAUUUACCAGAGCAGGUGGAAAACUCUCCCCCAUCCCAUGUUUAUUGUUUAGAAUAAAGUCUUCUUCAAUCUUAAUUAUGUUACCUAAUUUAACCACAAUUCUGUGAGGAACAACAAGAACAUGAUUCAAGAAAAAGAGUGGCCUAAAUACAUUGCUAGAAUAUUCUAUAUAACAUGAG